CUCAGUGAAACCACGAACUCCUCUCGCUACAAACAGAUCUAGCUCCAGCUAGUUAGAUAACUUUGUAUCCACCCAGGAGAGGGAAAGUUCGAGAAUGUUCCGGCGCAGCGGAGGUGGCGGCGGCAGGGGCAAGACGGUGGCUGCGAGCACCAGCACGGGCACUGAGCUUCCCGUCGAUGGAGCUGUGCGGGUGACGAAAGUGGACAGGAUCCAGGCUUACAACCUCGUCUCCAGGCCGUCGGUGCACCACGCCAUCGCGCCGGCGACUUCGGGGCCGGCGGAGAACCUGGCCGUCAGUGUUGUCCGGGUAGUGGACGUCGUGGACGAAGCUGUGCGGGUGACCAAAGUGGACAGGAUCCAGGCUUACAAUCUCGUCUCCAGGCCGUCGGUGCACCACGCCAUCUCGCCGGCGGCGUCGGGGCCAGCGGAGAGCCUGGCCGUCAGGGUUGUCCGGUUCGGGGACGUCGUGGACGAAGAAUCCGACGGCCUCAUCUCGGUGACCAUCACAUAGAACUAACUACUCUGUACUAAUAAUUAGGCCUGUCGUGCCUUAAGCGUGUUUAACGUUUCGUGAGAGAAACAUAUGUACGCGCACCAGUGGGUAACUGUAAUGGCAAUAGCACGUGGAAGGAUAUUAAUAAACAUGGAAAGAAAAAUAAGUUUUUCCUCUAAA